AAAUGGGGUGUGUUAGUCUCAUUUAAUUACCAGAACAACAAGAUGCUUCUGUCUCUCCAGUCUCCAGUCAGACUCCUCAGUGUUUUGGUUUUCCAUCUUCUCCUCACACACCCUUGUAGAGGUCAGUCUCAGUUAGUUGUUCCAUCUCAGCCAAUAGUGGCAAACAUUGGUGAUGACAUCAUUUUGCCAUGUCACCUGGAGCCUGCGGACGAUGUUGCUGCCAUGACGCUGGAGUGGACGAGAUUGGGCCUGAGCCUUAAACUUGUCAAUGUGUGGCGUGAUGGUCGGGACCUUGAUACUAGAAGUCCAUCUUACAGAGGAAGAACUUUUCUGUUCACUGAUGAACUGAAGAAGGGAAACAUUUCACUGAAACUCUCCACAGUGAAACCUUCUGAUACGGGGAGAUACAAAUGCUUCAUUCCAGAAAUUAAUAAAGAAUCUUUCAUUGAACUUGUUGUUGGUGCUGUUUCCUCACCUAUCAUCAGUUUGAGAGGGAUUGAUAGAGACAAAGAGGGAGUGGUUCUCCAGUGUGAGUCUUCUGGCUGGUAUCCAGAGCCUGAGGUGUUGUGGCUGGACGGUGAGGGAAAGCUCCUCUCUGCUGGACCUACAGAGACAGUCAGAGGUCCUGAUGACCUCUAUACUGUCAGCAGCAGAGUGACUGUGGAGAAGAGACACAGCAACAGCUUCACCUGUAGAGUCCACCAGAAGGACACCAACCACACCACAGAGACACACAUCACUGUUCCAGAUGAUUUCUUUGAGGUCCGGUCCAGCUCUACUUCCACCAUUGCUGGUCUGGCUGUGGGUCAACUAUCAGCUGAUAACAUGGAGCUGAAAGAGCUGAAUCAGAGGAUUGAGAAGGAGGUGAAGAAGCUGAUAGAGGAGCUGAAGGACAAGCUGGAAGAAAACCAACAGUCAGCAGAGAGAGAGAGGCUGAGAACCAAUAAAGAGCUGAAACAGACUCAAGAUCAGCUGGAGAAGAUGACUGCAGAGUUUGAGCAGAAUAAAUCACAGCUGAACAAACAGAUCCAGAUCCAGCAGCAGAGAGCAGAGAAAGCUGAGGGAGAACUGAAGGAGCUGAGGGCCAAACAUGAGGAGGUGGAGAAGACCAAAGCGGAGGAAGCUGAUGAAGAUGUGAAGAAGCGAAAGAAGCAGCACAAGCAGGAUGGAGGAGAUGAAGCUCAACAGUCUCAGAGUCCUCAGCCAGUGAAGCAGAACAGCAGCUCAACUGAUGGAUUUGAUAUUAAACUCUACCAACAGAACAAAUGUAUCUAUCUGAAGAACGAUUUUAAUGAGGAAAAACAACUGCUAGCCUGGGAAUUACGAGUACAGUUCAUCAACAAAGAACCUGUCAGACACGUUUAG